AAGUCUGGUGAUGUCAUGUAGUCGACAAAGUUUACCAGGAACAGACGAGUGAUAUUCAGAUAAAUAUUUACGCUUUUAUCUAUCUUUUUAAUGACUGACAAAUUGCGACAAGGAAUUAAUACCAUGGAAUACAGUCGAUGACACCCUACAACUAGAAUUUGGAACACAGGUAUUGUCAAACACACGGAUUUUGGUGUUUGUUUCCUGUAGAUACAACCCCUAUCCGUCAUGGCAUCAGGAGAACAGAAAUCGUCUGAUCUACAGACUCUCCUACAUUAUAAUCGUCCAAAGUCGACCCCUCCCACUAACCAACCCGUCAAAGACGAGUCUACAUUUACAAAACCCUUUAGAGCCGCGUCCGUCAUCCCAUUUGGAAGCAGAACUGAUGACGAAACUACACCCCUCAUGGGAGUAGCCAGGGGGGCCAGUGAGAACGAAGAGGAAGACGAAGAAAGCACCUUAGACAAACAGAGUAUACGGGAGUAUUUCAGUUGGCAGAAUAAAUGGACCAUUCUUAACCACGUAAAGAUAGCGCUGCUCCUCAUCAUUGCAUCCGCUAGUUGUAUAGUGAUUAUGAUGGCAGAAGAGUCAGAAGAGGUGUGGCACCAGCUCAGUCUUGACAACGAGGUCAAAUAUGGCGAGGUGAAUUCCCACGAGAAUCCGGUGAGAUUAAUUCUGAAAGGACCAAUAGCAGAAAACAAGACGGGUUCUCUGAGCGUGGUUCUGGGAGACAAGAGUGUUAAUCGUACGUGGAUGUUAGAAAUCAACAAGACUCUUUUGAAUGAUGAGGGAACUACUGAAGUGGUACACAAAUUUGAAGGAGGCGUCGAGCAAAAAGAACAAAUUGCGUUCAUGCUUUCGUCCAACCAAAGCGUCCCAUUGCUGUGGAGAGGCGAGGAACUACCAACCUCCGAGAUUGUUUAUGCUGCAAUCAUCCUGCUCUUCAUGUACAUACUGAUUAUUUUCGAGCUUGUGCAUCGAACUUUGGCUGCAAUACUGGGAUCCCUGGCGGCGAUAGCGGUUUUAUCUUAUUUUGAUAAGCGCCCGGAGCUGUCUACCAUCAUUGCGUGGAUUGACAUGGAGACUUUGAUGCUCCUGUUUGGGAUGAUGGUCAUCGUCUCCAUUUUCUCCGAAACCGGCUUUUUUGACUCAUGCGCACUUAAGGCCUAUAAGUUAGCCAAGGGGAAGGUUUGGCCACUGAUAACCUUGCUUUGUGUCUUCAGUGCUGUCGUAUCAGCUUUCCUUGACAAUGUCACCACGGUUCUACUGCUAGCCCCCGUAACGAUCAGGUUAUGUGAAGUACUGAACUUGGAUCCGAAAAACAUUUUAAUUGCUGAAGUUUUGUUUUCAAACAUUGGUGGUACUGCCACGGCCAUUGGCGAUCCACCCAACGUCAUUAUAGUAUCCAACUCCGAUAUGAAAGAAAAUGGUAUAGAUUUCGCUACUUUCACUGGUCAUAUGUGCGUCGGCAUCAUAUUCGUCAGUAUCGUAGGGUAUGGGGCUCUUAGGUUUCUUUAUCGUGACAUCAACAAACUCCAAAACCAAGAUCCUCCAGAAAUAGCGGAAUUAAAACACGAGAUUGAAUUGUGGAAGCGUGCGGCGGCGCGGGUAUCCGUGGUGUCUCGAGAGGAGAGCAUAAUGAAAGCGUUGUUCCACCAGAAGGCCGCGCAGAGGGAAAACGCACUCAUAAGGCAACUGUACAGAAUGAAAAGAUCUGAAAAGAAAGACUUUCGUCAAAAUGUGAAGGAGUUGGAGAGAAAGUACUACAUCACAGACCAGUGGCUGUUGGUGAAGACCAGUGUUGUCUUGACUGGAGUCAUCCUCUGUUUCUUUCUCCAUUCCUUCAUAGAUGGCAUGCACAUAGAUCUAGGUUGGAUUGCCGUUAUGGGAGCGAUAUUUCUUAUGGUUGUAGCAGAUAUUAAGGAAAUGGAAAAUAUUCUUCACAGGGUUGAAUGGGCCACUCUGAUCUUUUUUGCUGCUCUCUUUGUAUUGAUGGAGGCACUGGCGGAGCUACAGUUGAUAGACUGGAUUGGUGACCGAGUCACUGAUUUGAUUAGUGGGCUCCAAGACAACGAAAAGCAGCAGAUGGCUGUGGCUGUCCUCCUCGUAUUGUGGGUGUCUGCCAUCGCAUCCAGCUUCAUCGACAAUAUUCCAUAUACCACAGCUAUGAUCCCUGUAUUGGUCAAACUGAGUGCAGAUGAAGGCAUUCCUCUACUGCCACUGACAUUCUCUCUGGCGUUCGGUGCUUGUUUGGGCGGUAAUGGAACUCUAAUAGGAGCCUCUGCCAAUGUAGUGUGUGCGGGUAUUGCUGAACAACAUGGAUAUGGGUUCAGCUUUAAGGAGUUCUUCAAGGUGGGUUUUCCUUUGAUGCUGGUAACCACAGCAGUCGCAAUGAUUUAUCUACUCAUAUGUCACGUGGCCUUUACUUGGCACUGAGGUCAUCAGCUGACAUCUUUAGGUUAUCUAUGUGAAGGUCACUUGACCAUACAGCAAACAAACACCAGAUAUGCAACACACCAGUAUUUAUUUAAAGAAAAUGCAUACACUGUCUUACAACAGGACACACCUUUGCACCCUGUGUGGAAAUGUGAACUGUGGAUGAACGGUUGAUGUUCUUCUGCUGUUGAUAGAUUUUUAGUCAAUUCAUAUAUCAUUUAUGUUUACCCAGCUCUCCCAUGAGUCACACUUAGUAAACAUGUAUAUCUGACUGUGCUGGCAUACAAUACUCAAUAUCUGUAAUUUCUGACUGUGAUAAUAUACUUUACUCCAUUUAUAAGUUGUGUGUGAAGACCAUGUUUUACCUUGUUGAUAAUCAUAUUAAAAUAUGUCUUUAUUGCAA